AUGUCGGUUACUGAAAGCGUGCAGAGGAUAACCCCCCGCCUUCGCACCAUCACCCUCAGCCUGUACACCAACUACCUACUGGUGGGUGCUGUGUACUUCGGCCUCUCGCUCAGCGGCGGCGACCUGAGCUCCGACCCGUUCCUGUACAUGGUGCUGACGGGGGUCGUGGAGCUGCCGGCCUACACGCUGGUCAUCCCCCUGGUGGCUCGCUACGGCAGGAGGGCUCCCGUUGUCGCCUUCUUCUUCAUGGGCGCCGUGGCUCUUCUCGCUCUGCCCUUCGUGCCCACGGUGAGUGAGGUUGUCUGGGGUGGAGGUAGUGGGGAAUCGAUGACCUUAGCGCUUAUGGGGAAGAUGAGUAUCGCUUCGGCCUUCCAGAUCCUCGACUUUUACUCCUCAGAGCUCUUUCCCACCGAGGUUAGGACGAGGGGCAUGAGCACAGCCCUUGUCAUGUCAAGGGUGGGGUCUACUUGUUCGCCUUUCAUCACGGACUACUUGGUAAUCUUUGAUUCAGACCGUUUGGUAAGCGGUGUUGGUGCCUGUGACUUGGCGGUGACAAAGUGCUCAGAUACAAAAUAUUAUGCAAUAGACACAUUUAUUAUGACAAUAGAUGCUGACAGUGCUCAGCAGAUACAAAAUAUUAUGACAGGAAAGAGACAAUAUAUAAAGAUAGAUUGA